GAAUUCCCCAGACCUGUUUGUGUUGGAGGCUUUCAAUGUGGACUGUGGUGUAUUCAGAACCAUGCUGGCUCUCCCAUUUGAGGCCUGGUCUGAGAAAAUGACGGAAGUCGGGGAUCGGAUUUCAGAACUGUUCCGAAAAUCUCGCUGCUGGCUCGAUAUUUUGUCGGUGAAGAAAACUCUGACAUUCCCUGUCCUGCCAUCCUCUUCUGGCCCGACCCUCUUCUGAGGACCCGCCCCUCUACCUUAUAUAAUGAGAGCGCUGCGAGGACUUCUGACACCUUCGGCGCAUGGAGCAGCAGUCUGACCUGCCGGACUCUAGUUUCUAACCGGACCGUCUUCAUGGAGUUUCUGCGCGGAGGAGCGGCGCUGCUGCAGCUGCUGCUGCUGCUCAGCAUCAGCCGCUGCAGCAGCACAGACCCGGACAGAAAGGUGUGCCAGGGGACGAGCAACCAGAUGACCAUGCUGGACAAUCACUACCUCAAAAUGAAGAAGAUGUACUCCGGCUGCAAUGUGGUUCUGGAGAACCUGGAGAUCACCUACACCCAGGAGAACCAGGACCUCUCCUUCCUCCAGUCCAUCCAGGAAGUUGGGGGUUACGUCCUGAUCGCCAUGAACGAGGUGUCCACCAUCCCUCUGGUCAAUCUGCGUCUGAUCCGAGGACAGAAUCUCUACGAGGGCAACUUCACCCUGCUAGUCAUGUCCAACUACCAAAAGAACCCGUCAUCACCAGAUGUUUACCAGGUUGGCCUGAAGCAGUUGCAGCUCAGCAACCUGACCGAGAUUCUGUCAGGAGGAGUGAAGGUCAGCCACAACCCUCUGCUGUGCAACAUAGAAACCAUCAACUGGUGGGAUAUCGUGGAUAAAACCAGUAAUCCCACCAUGAACCUCAUACCACACGCGUUUGAACGCCAAUGUCAGAAGUGUGACCCCGGCUGUGUUAAUGGGUCGUGUUGGGCACCCGGACCAGGUCACUGCCAGAAAUUCACCAAGCUGCUGUGUGCCGAGCAGUGCAACAGGAGGUGCCGCGGUCCCAAACCCAUCGACUGCUGCAACGAACACUGUGCUGGCGGCUGCACCGGACCCAGAGCCACAGACUGUCUGGCCUGCAGGGACUUCAACGAUGAUGGAACCUGUAAGGACACCUGUCCUCCGCCGAAAAUCUAUGACAUCGUCAGCCACCAGGUGGUGGACAACCCCAACAUCAAGUACACUUUCGGAGCCGCUUGUGUCAAGGAAUGCCCUAGUAACUACGUGGUGACAGAGGGCGCAUGUGUUCGCUCUUGCAGUGCAGGAAUGCUUGAGGUAGAUGAGAAUGGCAAACGAAGCUGCAAGCCAUGCGACGGAGUCUGUCCCAAAGUGUGUGAUGGAAUUGGAAUCGGGUCUCUGAGCAACACUAUUGCUGUCAACUCAACCAACAUCAGGUCCUUCAGCAACUGCACCAAGAUCAACGGCGACAUCAUCCUCAACAGGAACUCCUUUGAAGGGGAUCCACAUUACAAAAUCGGGACGAUGGAUCCUGAGCAUCUGUGGAACCUGACGACAGUGAAGGAAAUCACUGGUUAUCUGGUGAUCAUGUGGUGGCCUGAAAACAUGACGUCUCUGUCGGUGUUCCAGAACCUGGAAAUUAUCAGAGGAAGAACUACGUUUUCCAGAGGGUUCAGCUUUGUGGUGGUUCAGGUGAGUCAUCUGCAGUGGCUCGGUCUGCGCUCCCUGAAGGAGGUGAGCGCUGGGAAUGUGAUCCUGAAGAACACGCUGCAGCUGCGCUACGCCAACACCAUCAACUGGAGGCGCUUGUUCCGGUCUGAGGACCAGAGCAUAGAGUAUGACGCCAGGACUGAGAAUCAAACCUGCAACAACGAGUGCUCAGAGGAUGGCUGCUGGGGCCCGGGGCCCACAAUGUGUGUCUCCUGUCUGCAUGUGGACAGAGGGGGGCGCUGUGUGGCAUCCUGCAACCUGCUGCAGGGUGAACCCAGAGAGGCCCAGGUGGAUGGCAGGUGUGUUCAGUGUCACCAGGAGUGUUUGGUGCAGACUGACAGCCUGACCUGCUACGGUCCGGGGCCAGCCAACUGCUCCAAGAGUGCACACUUUCAAGAUGGCCCCCAAUGCAUCCCUCGCUGUCCUCACGGCAUACUGGGAGACGGAGACACUCUGAUCUGGAAAUAUGCAGAUAAGAUGGGUCAAUGCCAGCCGUGUCAUCAGAACUGCACCCAAGGGUGUUCUGGUCCUGGACUGUCUGGCUGCAGAGGCGAUAUCGUUUCCCACUCCUCUCUGGCAGUGGGGUUAGUCAGUGGACUCCUGAUCACUGUAAUUGUGGCGCUGCUCAUCGUGGUUCUACUACGGCGCCGGCGAAUCAAACGGAAGAGGACAAUACGCCGCCUGCUCCAAGAGAAGGAGCUGGUGGAGCCGUUGACUCCGAGCGGUCAGGCUCCCAAUCAGGCCUUCCUGAGAAUCCUGAAGGAGACGGAAUUCAAGAAGGACCGAGUUCUGGGCUCCGGGGCAUUUGGGACAGUCUACAAGGGUUUAUGGAACCCUGACGGAGAAAACAUCCGGAUCCCAGUCGCUAUCAAAGUUCUGAGAGAGGCUACGUCACCGAAAGUCAACCAGGAAGUUCUGGACGAGGCGUACGUGAUGGCGAGCGUGGACCAUCCUCACGUCUGCCGCCUGCUGGGUAUCUGCCUGACGUCGGCCGUGCAGCUGGUGACGCAGCUGAUGCCGUACGGCUGCCUGCUGGACUACGUCCGGCAGCACCAGGAGCGAAUCUGUGGCCAGUGGCUGCUGAACUGGUGUGUUCAGAUCGCCAAGGGGAUGAACUACCUGGAAGAGCGCCACCUGGUGCACCGCGACCUGGCAGCCAGGAACGUCCUGCUGAAAAACCCGAACCACGUCAAGAUCACAGACUUCGGUCUGUCCAAGCUGCUGACGGCUGACGAGAAGGAAUACCAAGCCGACGGAGGAAAGGUUCCCAUUAAGUGGAUGGCUUUGGAGUCGAUCCUCCAGUGGACCUACACCCAUCAGAGCGACGUGUGGAGCUACGGUGUGACGGUUUGGGAGUUGAUGACAUUUGGAUCCAAACCGUACGACGGCAUCCCGGCCAAGGAGAUCGCCUCGGUGCUGGAGAACGGGGAGCGGCUGCCGCAGCCUCCCAUCUGCACCAUCGAAGUCUACAUGAUCAUCCUGAAGUGCUGGAUGAUCGACCCGUCCAGCAGACCCAGGUUCAGAGAGCUGGUGGGCGAGUUCUCCCAGAUGGCCCGGGACCCGUCCAGGUACCUGGUCAUACAGGGCAACCUGCCGAGUCUGUCUGAUCGGAGGCUUUUCUCCCGCCUGCUGAGCUCUGAUGACGACGUGGUCGACGCGGAUGAAUACCUGCUGCCAUACAAAUGGAUAAACCGCCAGGGCAGCGAGCCCUGCAUCCCGCCGCCUGGGAGUGAAACCAGCAGCAGGCUGUCGGAUAUCUACAAUCCCAGCUACGAGGACCUGACAGACGGCUGGGGCCCGGUGUCGCUGUCCUCCCAGGAGGCGGAGACCAACUUCUCCAGACCGGAGUACCUGAACACCAACCAAAACUCGCUCCCCCUGGUGUCCAGUGGCAGCAUGGACGACCCCGACUACCAGGCUGGCUACCAGGCUGCCUUCCUACCGCAGACUGGAGAGCUCACUGGGAACGGCAUGUUCCUCCCUGCAGCAGAGAACCUGGAGUACCUGGAACAGGGAGGCGCACUGUACACUCCUGUCCGCUAGGGGGCAGCAGCGCUCCGACUGAAGCUGUGGCUUUGCUCAGAUAAACAGUGGUCUGUUUUAAAUUGGACAGAUAACUGGAUUUAACUCAGAUGGUUCACUGUCGGUUCUCCAGAGGAACUGAAACAGAACAAGAACUUCCUGUUCCUUCAGGCAAAGGUCCAAUCUUUGGCUCUAAGCUGACGGGAUUAACGCAUCUGGAAAAUGAACAUUACCCAGAUAAACUGUAAAAACAUAAGCUAAUUCAGGUUACAUUAAAAAAGACUCGCUCAGCUCUCCUGCUCUCACAUGUGGGUUUGGAUGCUGCAGGACGAUGCAGAUGUUUUAAUCCUGGGCGCUUCUGUUUCCAACAUUUACAUUCAUGAACUGAAAACAUUUAAGUUUUCUGAAGAUAUGAUUUGACUGUCAGUCAACAUGAUGUAUGCAACCUUAAAUCUUUCAGAAUAAGAGAAAACAGGUGAAACUGGAUUCUCAGGCCACACUGCUCUACUCCAGAUAUUUAUAACUGCCAUUUUGUAAAAAAAAAAGAAUCUGCAUUCACACAAUCUGCUGGUUUUCUAUCAGAACAAUUUUAUACAAGCCUUGCAAGAGCAGGUGGAAAUAAAAUUAAGCUUACUAAAAUUGAAAUUUUGUAGAAGACAACGUUGGGUGAACGAAAUAACACAAAUGGUUCUGUUUUAUAGGUUGUAGAAGGACAGAGGAGGACAUGUCCACCAUGUUUUUUAAUCCUCUUUGGACAUCACGUUCCCACAGAUACAUCAGUGUUUUUAAAAAUCUCACCAAAAUCUGUGUGCAUGUCGAUAGGAGACGUGGAGACGAAGUGGAAAAAUUUUAAUUUUACUAAACAUCAGAGUUGGUGGGGAGAUUUGAAGAGUUUACUAAUUUUUUAAAGAUUAUUCAGUAAUCUGGAAUAAGGAACGCGGUUCAGCUAAACUUCACGGAACCAUUUCAGUCCAAACUGUAGCACAAGGAGAACCUCCUGUUGUUGUCUGACUUGAAAUAUUCACUCUUGAUUGUUUGUGUUGUUGAAUUUUUGAAAGAAAGUUUGCUUUACUUGACACAAAUGAGCCAAACCCUGACGUCCUGCUGCUGAAUAUUACUGCUAGUCUCUGUUUGUCUUUAAUGUUUAUUGAUUAAAAAAAAACAAAGUGAAGUUUC